AGUUUACUGUGGUUGCCAGGUAACCGCAGCGCAUUCGUCGCCUGUGUGUGAGGGCUGCCAGCAUGUCAUUUAUAACAAAGUUUGUUUUUCGUUCAUCAGAGAAAAUAAUAGCCAUUUUUAGAACAGUAAUCCAUCGUGACGUUUGUGUUGAGCUGAACAUGUAAGCCUCACUUUCUCCAUUUGUAAGCGGGGAUCUCUGGAGACUGAAGAACGCAGAAGAGCGAUGACACUUUCAACGAACACCACAACAAUGGAGAAUGAUGGUGAAUUAAGGGAGGAGCAGGUAUCCAAAGGCCUGUCGAAUCUGGGACUGUCAGCGACGGGACUGCAGCACACCUACUUGUGCCUAUCUGUGCCGGGGCGAGACUUGAAAAAUGUCUCCACUUUAUGCAAUUAUAUCCAUCUUCAAAAGCUAGAGCUUCCCUGCAAUAAAAUAAAAGAUUUAUCCUGCGUGAGUCACAUGCCACACCUCAUCAUACUGGAUGCUUCCCACAACCAACUCACCGAUUUCUUUGGGUUCCAGGCACCAAAAAAUCUCAAGGAAGUCAAUUUCUCACACAACCAGAUGUCAGUAAUGAAGGAUCUCUCGGAGUAUUCGUCUUUGACCAAGCUCAUUCUUGACCAUAACUCAUUUAGUGCUAUCAGGGGGCUCGAAAAGUGUGAAAGGCUCUCUCACCUCAGCCUGGCCCAUAACAGCAUCUCACGCAUUAGGGGUCUGGACCAUCUGCCCCUCAGAGAGCUCCGCCUGAGCGGAAAUGCGAUACAAAAGAUUGAGAAUCUCCAGACGCUCCGGAAGCUCCAGGUUCUAGACUUGUCCUGUAACCGCAUUCAAAGCCUCUCAGGUCUACAGAAACUCUAUCUCCUGGGAACCGCCAACCUUGAGAGCAAUCUGAUCAGCGAGAUAAAUGAGGCCUCACAUUUGCAUGACCUGAAACUGUUGAGAGACCUGAAUCUUCUCAAAAACCCAGUCCAGGACCAAGAUGACUACAGAUUGGCUGUGAUCUUCCUUCUUCAGCAUAUCACGCUUCUGGACCAACAGACAGUAACAGCGGAAGAGAAGGUGUCUUCUGUGAACAAGUAUGACCCUCCUCUGGAGGUGAUAGCAGCAAGAGAUCACAUGACCAACUUGCUGUACCAGCUCAUGCAACCGCAAGUUAUAUUUGACAGUACUUUGCCGAGCAUGGAUACUCCCUACCCCAUGUUGGUUCUCACUGGUCCACAGGCUUGUGGGAAAAGAGAACUUGCUCAUAAGCUGUGUCAGCAAUUCAGUGAAUAUUUUGCCUAUGGUGCCUGCCACACCACCAGGGGGCCCUAUUAUGGUGAAGAAGAUGGUUUAGACUAUCACUUUGUCACCGAGGACGAAUUUCAAACUAUGAUUCAAAUGGGUAAGUUUGUCCAGACGAUGCAAUACGGAGGUCAUUGGUACGGUCUGUCUCGGGAGUCUAUCGAGCGUGUGGCUCGCGAGGGUCUGGCCUGCUGUAUACAUAUGGAACUAGAGGGAGUGUAUAGCUUGAAGAACUCAUAUUUUGAGCCACGGUACGUCCUGCUGAUCCCAACUGCUGUUGAAAAUUAUGUAUGCUGUUUGAAAGCCAGAGGAUUCUACAGUAACGCUCAGAUGGAAACGGCCGUGUCUCGCAUCGAUUCGUACGCCAAGAUCAACAGAGAAAAGCCGGGCUUUUUCGAUAACGUCAUCUCAUGUGACGAUCGUAAUGAGGCUUACGUGACUCUAAAGCAGUUGGUAAAGGAGUACCUUGGUCUCGAGGAGCCGGGAGGAGUUUCAAGCUCAAUCACACCUGACAACACCUCUUCUAACUCAACAGGUAAGUUACUGGCAGCCAACACGGAGAACGCUGACCUCACGGACUCCUACAGCAAGAACUACCAAAACAAAAUCCAGGCCAGGAUGACCCCUCAACGGACCCCAGCCGAAACGACUUCCUCUCAUAGACGCGAGCAGCUGAUUCGAGAGGCUCUGAAUGGGAAGAGUCCUGGUGCUUAUGCCGAGCUCUUUCAAAGGAGUGCACCAACCGCUCCAUCAUCAUUAGCCUCUCAUUCCCGGCCAACGGCAGGUCCUUCCUCCACCCCGAUGCGUCCAGUUGGCCUCGGUGGUCCUGAACUCGAUGAGCACAGCAGUUCAGAAGAAUCCCGUGCCAGUUCUGGCCUGUCCAUGAGAAGCUCGGCAGGCGUGCAUUCAGCGGAAAGCCUAGCCAGGGGAUCAGACGUUGGGUCAGGGCUCAACAUAGAGCCUUUGGAUAUGUCUAUGUUGGGGCAGGAGCGAGACUCCAAAGGUCGCAUGGAUUCACGUCUAACUCCCGAUGCGCCUCGCCUAGGCUCCGAGCGCAUCUCUCCGACCCUGCCCUCCUCUCCGGGCCGCCCAGGCACCAACACCAAACCGGUCCUGCCUCCCAUCCCAUCUGGACAUCUCAUGCGGAGCAGGACGCCAGCUGGCUGAAGUUUUUUCCUUCAUCUUGGUCAAAGGCUUUACCAUGGGUCAUAAAGGUACUGCCGGUUUUUUAAAAGCGCCAUUUCAUAUCUGCUGCAGAGCGUCUCUGUGGAUGUUAUCAGAUGUGUUUAACAGGUUUAUUUAUCACCUUUGAUGCCGCAGCCAAAGAUUCUGCUUCUCUCCUCUCUGUGUCCUCUAAACCCAAGUAAACGUGGAAUCGGGAAUUCUUGGCGUGUCUAGCCAGAUCCUCCGGUAUGGAUUUAAGAUGAGUGGCUGAUUCUUCAGAUCACAUGGACAUGUGUAAAUUAUACUGUGAAUUUAGGGCUGUCGCGAUAAACCGACGAUAAAUAUCACGUGAUUUUUGCACAGCUUUUGAGUGAAGUACGGGAAAAUGCUGCUGCAUCCGAAAGCCAGAGGGCGCUCUCGUGCGGAAACUCCAAAUACGCACUGCAGAAGAAGACCAUAACAUGUACUAGAAUCUAGGAAAUGCCUAUGGACAUUGUAUUAUCACUGUUACUCAAGUCUCAUCAGGUGUUUUUAUGAUAAUAAAGUAUAUUUAUAAUGAUCAUGUUUGACGGGUGUUGAUUUUUCAAAUGCACAUUAUAAGCGACUCGAACUCGCACUGCUUUUAGAUCGAGCAGCAUUUCCUACUGAUCCCAGAGCCGUGCUUCACGGACAAGAUACGCACAAAAAAAAUCGACACAUUGCAUAUCGCAGCCACCUUGAUUUCAAUAGGAUUUGGUGGUAUCGCGAUAAAUUAUCGUGCAGCCCCACUGUGAAUACAGUUAGAGUAGAACAAGAUGGAGCAAUGGAAAUGUAUUAUUUUGAAGACCAAGAUUAAAAGUUGAAAAGAUAAAAUGUAUAGCUUUGGUAAAUGUCUCAGUGACAUACUGUAUGUGUGAAAACAUGUCCAACUGCUGGUACGUCCUAUAUAGUCUAAAUGGAGGUGAAGUCACAGCUAGGGUCCAAUAAAGUUUUUUAUGGGUUUAUAAUA